GGGUUCGUGUUGGUGGGUUCAGUGGCUGGUCAGCGGUACUGGUCGUCAAUGCUCAACCUUCAGUCCACUAUUACCUCCGGCGUCUUCACCCCCGAGGACCAGCAGGUGUACUUCGGGACGACGUCGGGCAUGGUGAUAGUGAUGGACGUACACGGGGCCAUGGUGUCACAGGUGCCCCUCUUAGACGACACGGCCAUCACCGACCUGGCCUGGUCCUGCCCCAAGUUCAAGAUGGAGGAGAAUGAGGAAAACAAUACGAAAAAUUCAGGUGACGGCAGCUCUCUCCUGGCGGUGGUGUUCCAGACGGGGUUGGUGUAUCUCUUACGAACCCACGACGAUCUCACCCCCAUCGUCAUCAGGACCGGCCUCAGGGGUGUACAGGUGGAGUGGACCAACUCGGGGGAAGUGUUGGCCGUGGCUGGACAUUUGCCUGACGAAGGUUGCACUGUCGGUGCCGCCACAGCAAACCCCGUCAGGAACGUCGUCAAGUUCUACACGCGGAGUGGCACGUUACGGUACACCCACCACCUACCACUAUGCCAGAACCCGGUGACGGCACUAACGUGGGGCCACAACGACAAGAGGGUGUUCGUGGCGACGGGUGCUCAGCUGCACAUUGGUCGUGUGUCGCGUCGUGUCGCGUCGCUGCAGCUGCUAUGUCGUCUGGCUAUCAAGAGCAGAGUCAAGGAUGAGGAAAAGGUGGCUAAACUUCCCCUCCCUAAGAGACUGAAGGCCCUCGUCACCUCCCUCUACACCCAAACCAUCCGAUGCUAUAUCCCCGACGCCCAUCAGUUAAGAGACUUCGUGUCGCGUCCGCCAGUCAACAGCCAGCGCCUCCACUGUACCAUGAUCCGUCACGAUGAGGACUUAGUGCCCACGCCCGGCGCCUGCUACACCCUCUACCUCGAGUACCUGGGUGGCCUCGUACCUCUCCUAAAAGGCAAGAGGACCUCCAAGAUCCGACCAGAAUUCGUCAUUUUCGACCCACAGGCAGACGAGGCGUUAAGCAAGGAGGCUGGAGAUAGGGGCGUGGGAGUGGGACCAAGAGGGAUGCUACCCAAUGGGAUCCCCGUUGUGAGUGAUACUUCAGACACUGAGUACGAGGAUAUGUGCGCCUCACCGAGACUACGACGACGCAAGCUGAAGAAAAGAAUACGAGAGCGGCUGGAGAGUGAGGCUGACGAGCUGGUGUACCUAGACACCCUGCCAGAGCACCACCGCCUUGUUGAGGUGACGUCCAACAUCUGGGGAACUAAGUUCAAGCUACACGGCGUGGCUCCCUCCCUCCCGGCCAACCUGGGGCAGGUGACCUAUAAGACGUCGCUCCUGCACCUACAGCCCCGCCAGAUGACCCUCGUUAUCACCGAGCUCAGGGAGGACAUCCCCCCUCGACCCGACCCAAACUUCAACCCUAACGUCUUCUCUGAGGACGAGGAGGAACUGGGUGAGCGUCUGGCCUCUCGACGACCUCCUGAUCUGACCUCAGAUGUGCCGCCAAUUGCGCCCAUGACCCCACGCCGGACUCCAUCGUCCUACUCCCGUCAAGGGCUCCACACCACGCCCUGGGAAGUCACUCCUCCCAGACAACCUCCGGCGGAGAUCACCAACGUGGUGGAGAAUAGACUGGACGUAGACGGCGGGUUGGAGGGUGUCGUCCUAGACGCAGAUGGGGCUGCCCUCCUUCAGGAGUUAGAGGAACACCCUUACGUGGAUUUGGCCACACCUGAGAUGCUCCAAUUAAGAGAAGGUUUGAGGGCGGAACUACGAGGAGAGAACCACGUCCCCCUCCACCACUCGCCAACACACAUGAAGCCCUCCCACGCCACCCACCCGCAGGAACCUCACGUCUUUUCUAUCAUGCGUGGCUCCGCGCCCUCCAGCCCCAAGCACUCCGUCAGCGCCUUCUGUUGCGACACCGGCACCAUCCAGUCACCAAAGAACAUCGUCGCUCCCACUCCUAUCGUCACCCGUAAUUCGUCCACCACGGCGGCGAUGCUGGAAAUCCACGGGAGCGAUGUGGGCGUCGCGGUAGCUGGGCGGGCGGGACUCAAGACCACCUCCAGCAGGACGCGCACCGAGGAGCUCCGCCUGGUCACUUCCGACAAUGCCCUCCAUCACCACUUCUCUAACAAUAUCUCUUCGUCCUCCUCCACCAACACCACUAACUCCGUCACCACCAAUAAUAUCAAUAAUAACCUCAAUAACAAUAAUAAUAACACCAACAACAAUAAUAAUAAUAACAACAAUAAUAACAACAACAGUAACAGUAGCAGUAGUAACAGCAGUAGCAGUAACGGGAGCAGCAGCUCCAGCAGCAGCGGCAACAGUACCUACCGCAGUCCGCAGCACACGCAGGGGUGCAGUAGCGGGAGCGGCGGCGGUGGCGGUGGUGGGGUACGAAGUGACGUGAUAAAAUACAUCGAUGAGGAGAGCGGUGAGUCUGACGGACGGUCCUUCACGCCCUCCCCCGCCCGUAACCGAUCACGGCCGUUGUACUGCCGCACCCGGAGCAAGAGUGUAGGUCACCUGCACAACAUAGACUACUCCUUGGGUGGCCACUUGCCCCAUUUACACCAGUUGAGGAACAUCGACGCCUUCCUCGCCUUCAGACGUUCCGGAUCCUUGAUAGACUCCCCGAAGAAGUCUCUAGUGCCGUCUACACUCACUCAUCACUCCACCUGUCGUUCUCAGCGUCAGGUUAGUGAGAGCCAACCACGACGGCCGUGCCUUGCGGAUUGCGGGAAGAGCCGUAGCCUGGACUCCUCUCCUUUCAUCAUCAAACGCCGCGUCAGCCACGGCACCCAUCACCACCACCCUCUCGCCGCCACCACCAUCACUACACUCACUACUACCACCACCACUACUACUACUACCACUACUACCGCCACUACUACCACCACCGUCGAUCUCCACCCACACACCCCGAGCCACGCCGAAAAGCAACAAAAGAACUUCACCAGAACUUUGAAGGAGAGCGUGUUAGUAGAAAGGUUGGCAGCGUUACAGAGAGAGUGUCACCAAAACCCACCGCCCACACCCCGCCACCAGCCCACGCCCGAUACCGCCCGCCGCCUCAACACACCUACUCACACGCCCACCAUCUCCUCCGCCCACGCCAGCAAAAGCAUUCCCUCCACGCCCGUCAAGACAAGGAAGGCGCGGCGACACCAAUCGUCUUCUCCCAUUAGGAAACACCUGCUCAAUUCGCCGCUGCUGGCCCGCCGUCGUCAGCGUCGCGGUACCGUAGAGAGCAGUGAUGACGAGGUAGUACACUGCUCUAGCGACGCCGAGGUCCUCUGCUCCUCCUCCAACUACAGGGACCUCGAGACCUUCCAGAAGACCCAGCUGAGGAACAAGCUACGACGGUCACGGGGACGGAGUGAGGGAAGCGCCGGCAGUGGUGGAGACAGCUCGGGGUCGUCCACUCCUCGGCACAGACAGUAUGUGAUGCACAACAAGGCUCCGCUGUGGAACGAGAACUCCCAAGUAUACCAGCUGGACUUUGGAGGCCGCGUCACCCAGGAGUCUGCCAAGAAUUUCCAGAUAGAGUUUAAGGGGAAGCAGGUGAUGCAGUUUGGAAGGAUCGACGGGAACGCGUACACCCUGGACUUCCAGUACCCGUUCAGCGCCAUGCAGGCCUUCGCUGUGGCCCUCGCCAAUGUCACCCAGAGACUUAAAUGAUAUAGGAUGCACCCAGAGAGCCAGGCCGCUCAUAGCCACAGUGUUGUGGUCCUCGAGUUCUGGUGACGUCACGUCCUGCACCACGGUUGCCAGAGGCUGCUGGGGGAGAUUUCUGUGUUCUUCUGGUGAAAAUAAGUUGUUAUGAACAUUUAAUUCCGUUUAGUGUUGCCGCGAAUGUUUACAGACAAUGAUAUUACAAAGAAUACUUUUGAGACAACAUAUUGAAUGUUUUAACCGAUACUUCUGUUCACUGAAAAUUUCAAGAAGGACGAAUGAACAGCUUUUGUGUUGGCAGUUAAGAAACUCUCAGACAGGUAUUUAUGUUGCUGUCGUGUCAGUGCCUGAGGUAUGAUAACGCUCACUUUGUAUGCGUAUACAUCACUUUUGUGUGUUCUAUACAGUUUGCCAUUUUAUAGAGACACUGCUGACAAUAUUGUAUGUGAUACUAUUUAUUGCUUUGAUUACAAGCAAAGAAUAUGUUGUACAUUUACACAAAUAACAGUUUCCACUUUAGCUUUUAAGGUUUUUGUGUUUUAGUUGCAGAAAAGUGUGGCAGGUUCAUAACGAAUUUUGGCCUUCGUUUUUGACCGCGAGACGUUUAUAAUUAUUAAGUUAAAAGUGAACCUUGUGUGAGGCGGGACUUAAGGCUGAAGUCGUCCAAGAGUCUCACGUGUUUUGUCGAGGGCAACAAAAUGGGUGAUCUCAAUAUAAAAAAAAAUGAUAAAACCAAUCUAGUCAGUUGUAGUUGCUGUGAAAUGCCACUUGAUAUGGUUAGCUAUACUAGUCCUCCUUCUCCCACCACUCCGCUAACUCCUCCCGUUAUUGUAAGCUUCUCUGAGGUAUUCACAAGCACCACUUCCAAGUCUUAACUGCUUCUUAGCUCAUCUUCUAAGAACAUAAAUUGGCUUUACUACACAUCGAAACAUGGAGGCUAACUGGUUGUCUUUGCCACACAGCUGUAGUAGAUUAUGUAGCCGUAGAUAUAUGAACACUGACUGUAACUCUUGGCAUGUUGUGAGUGAGAGAGUCUCAGUAUGGGCAGGGAGUGGAAGUGUCACUAGGUGGGUAGGGAGUGGAAGUGUCACCAGGUGGGCAGAGAGUGAACGUGUCACUAGGUGGGCAGGGAGUGGACGUGUCACUAGGUGGGCAGGGAGUGGACGUGUCACUAGGUGGGCAGGGAGUGGACGUGUCACUAGGUGGGCAGGGAGUGGACGUGUCACUAGGUGGGCAGGGAGUGGACGUGUCACUAGGUGGGCAGGGAGUGGACGUGUCACUAGGUGAGCAGGGAGUGGACGUGUCACAAGGUGGGCAGGGGAUAAGGAAAGUUAAGUAAAUACCUAUUGCCCCCCUCCACACACACACACACACACACACACACACAGAGAAAACUGGAGUUUGGCAGGAAAAGUUAUUCUUGACCCGGUGGUUCCUCCUCCCUCGGGUAGUAACCGCUGACUGCCCAAACACAAUUUCUAACAAUACCGACACUGUGAGAGUCUGUCAGUGUGAUGAAAAAGUAAACAACAAAUAAUAUGGGUGAGAGGAAGGUCAUGAUAAUUAUAAUUCACACACACAAAAUAUACGUCAGUCAGGUUCUUGGUACAAAUACUUGAGGCUGGCCCGAACUAAAUUAUUCUACGCUUGCCAGUUUUGUCAGCUUAAAAAUCCUGCAGACUAUUUUAUCAUAUUAGGAAAUUUCAGAAUGAGGGAUUUGUUUUUUUCAGGGUGAUUUUUUUUUCAGAAUAUGGUGAGAGUGAUGUAUAUAAUAGUCAUCUUUUUCUUGUCAAUUAUAGAAUUAAGUAUUAAUGUACGUAAUGAACAAUCAACACUGACCUGAUUCCAGAGUUUAACAGAGUGUAUUCUAGGGCCUCUUUUUAUUGACAAUUAUAUCUUCAUUCUCUUAAGUGACAUUCAAAUUUAAGGAAAAGUAAUUUGUGUAUUUUUCAUUAUUUUUUCCCAUCAAUAUGGUUUUCAUGUCGAGAUUUAGUUUAAAGAUAUUUUAUUUAUGUUUUAUGAAGUUAUACACAGUCUUUAGGAUGCUACCAUUUGUAUCUAAUUUUGUACUGUGAAAUUCUCUUCAACAGCUAGUCCAUCCCAGACCCUGAGCAGCUAUUUUGUACAGUGUGCGUAGCGGGUAGACAUUUUUGUACAUACUAUAAUGAGAAAUGUACAGAUGAAUUAUUAUUAUUUUUGGUUGACAGUUUUUGUGUUCCUUUAUGAUGCCCUGAGCGAUGAAGAGUGUCUCCCACGAACGAGGAGUCAGAUGUAGCACCUGUAGCCGUUGGUGUGUCACUCACUAGUGGAAAAAACAAGCAUUGUUUUGCCGGUUAAGGAACUGACUAAAUAAUUGAGAUUUUUUUUUUAAUGGUACGAAUUUAUCGAUAUAAAAGAUGCACAUGUGUCUCCUGAGUCUUAUGUUGUGUAUUGGUGUUACAGGGGAACAAACAACUCAUAAGUUUUAUAUUAAUAAUGGAUGACAGCAAACAUAUCACAAGAUUAUUUUUGUGUCAGAAAAGGUAGAAAAAAAAGAGGUCUAUCAUUCGUAGGUCCAAAGUUGUCGACCUUAGUUUAUGAAGUUGACAAAAUAUUAGAUGGUGAUACAGUGAAGGGAAUAUGCGGGGCAAACUUAUACACCAUUUUGCUCACCAUUACUUACUGUGUUGUACACUUAGUGCAUCACACAGUCGAUGUUUUUAACUGAACCAACGUUUACUGUAACUCCUGGUGCGUCAUGUUUACCAAUACUUAAUGUUUCCUUACUAUUUUCAUAGUGUAAAGGAAACAGGACAAGAAAUGGGAAGGUUUAGACUCGAAUGUUCUCUCCUGCUGAGAGAGAGACUCUCGCAACAGUGACACAAAUGCCAUCAUAACAAAGGUGUAUCGCCUGUGUUGGCACCCGGAGUGCCUGGCUCUCUCUACACUGUCCUCUAUGUUCUUGAUGUUAUAACUUUGUCUCUUAUUUAUUGAUAACGUGAAUGUUUUGUUAGGGAGUGUGUGUUUGUAAACAUUAAUGAUGUAUUAAACUGACAAGGGCUUCUCAACAUACGUGAUCCCUCAAUAUUUAUGAACAUGUAGCAGUCUACCUAAAACAUCACAUAUACUGUAAACAAGAAAUAUCCUACGUACUGUACAAGAUCACUUAAAUGUUGGUAAUAAGAGGAUCUGUACUCACCACAGCACUUAGAAAUUAAUCCAAAGCUUCGUACUUAUCUGCUGUGUCACACUAACAUAAACACUCGUGUUCAACCAGACUACUUAAUAACUGUAGCAGUUAGUGUUUACGUUCACGUCUUGACACUACCUGCAUCCGAUAGUCUGAAGUUGAAACACUACAAUACCAUAAAGGCCAUCGUUUAAUUUUUCAUUGUUUAUUGUUUAUCUUCAUCCUCUCAGAGCUAGAGGGGAAAGCAAUUCUCUAUUUCACAUUAUAUAUUGUGGGGUAAAACCAUACAGAACACUUGAGGCUGGCCAUACUGAAUAUACUGUGCAGCUUAACUCUGACCCUUGCGGCACUAAGUCUGGCUGUCUCCCUCAAGCUUACGUGUCACGCUGGAAAGUGAAAUUAAUCGUAACUAUUUGUCAUUUGCAAAACUAC